AUGUUUGAUAACACGCGGGGCCAUCUGUAUGAGCUGGAAUUAAUUGCGAGCAAGGUCUUGCUUCCACUGCCAGAGUCGAUGCGCAGAUAUGUCCAGCCGCUCCUGGCGGGCAUCAACCAGGCCCUUAUGUCGAACUACCACCAGAAUCUGAUUGAGACCGACAUGGUGCUAAUCCCCAACAAUGAUCCGCAAUUGCUCCAGCCAUCAGCCCAUUUAGACGGCCGCUGCGCCGCCGCUCUUAACCAGAUCACUGGCUUGAAUCAUUCCUCUCAGUUCGCCUCUGCCCUCAACAAGGAGAAACAUCUCGUGGCCACCUAA